AUGGCACCGAGUCCCACGUCGCCACGUAAGCUCGGCAUGUUCCACCUCCACAACACGGCCGCGUCUACCGUAGCGGCGGCGUUGGCGGUCACGACGGUGCCCAAGACGACCCCGAGCCACGACCCACCGCUACCGAUUGGCGCCAUGAUCGGCAUCGCCGUCGGUGUCCUCUUCGGCACGGCCGGUGCGAUCGUUGCCGUGCGCUAUGGCAUCAUGUACCUCGAGUACCGUCGGUACUUGGCGUCGAAUGAGAUGGACGAGCGACUGGAACCUUUGCUGGAGAGCGAGGACCAUGCCAUUAUGGUGUACAAGGUAGACACAACGUAAAUGGUACAAGUGAUAUAGCCUAUCUGAAUAUCGC